UUGUGGGCUAUAAAUUAAGGUUUGACAUGUAAUGCAUUGUCUCUGUGACCAAGAGCAAAGUAAAAGCAGAAAUCCAAAGCUUUCACUGCACUGUAUUUAAGGACUGUGACUUGCAUCUGGGAAACAGCUCUGAGAUUCCUGAAAGCUCCACUUAUACACAAAAGCCAGCAAGAUGAGGUAUAAAGUGUUUGGCCUCCUUAUCUUCUGCCUUAUUAACUCUGUUCAGCCAUUUGGUAAUGGAAAAAUCAGCUUGGCAUGUGAUACUAUGACGCCAAGCCACAAAACAUACACCACACAGGUAUCAAUGCCUCCGUACAGAGUGUCUGCCUCAAGUUACUCAUUCAGCCCUGGAGACAAAAUUACAGUGACCCUACUGGCAAACCCCAAUACUACCUUUGAAGGAUUUUUCUUGCAAGCUCGGGCUGUAUCAGGAAAUAAUUUGGUUGGAAGUUUCAGGGUGCUCAACUCAGAUUCCCAAAUCCUUGAUUGUGGAGGAGUAAUGGGAAUGGCAGUGAGUCAUAUAGAUACAACCAAGAAGUACAAUAUAACAGCACUGUGGACUGCACCACACUUAUCUGGUGCUAUACAUUUCAGAGCCACUUUUGUUCAAAACUUCAGAACAUUCUGGGUGGGAGUUGAAAGUCCCCUCCUAAGUUUCUUCAGUAAUUCAAACAGAAAUGCAAAUGUGCCCAAUGUGCCCAAUGUGCCAGCUGUAUAUGCCUUAAGCACAAACAUUCCUGCAGUCAUUUCCAGAGCAUCUUGCGGCAUAAACAAAGUUUGUUUCAGCGUUCCUACAGACUGUGACCCAUCUACCAGCAACAACUGUGUCUUCAUGUCCUCUUCCCCAAUCUCACCUGCCAGUGGUGGGGGCUACCAGUUUGACAUCAGUGGCCCAUCUACUGGAUAUGUGUCCAUUGGUUUUUCAGAUGAUACACAAAUGGGAAAUGAUGUUAUCUACAAUUGUGUGGUGACUGCAGCUGGAGUGGUUGAAGUUCAACAUGCCUACUCUGAAGGGAAAUCCCUACCACGUGUCCUUACUCCGAAUAAUCUUGAGGUUAUAAUGACAUCCUACAGCAAUGGCUUUAUACAAUGUUCUUUCAUUUCAAGAAACAUCUCAAUCCAAAAUCCGUUUCAGCGAUCCAAUUCCAAUAAUAAUAGCUUGUACUAUAUAUUUUUGGCCCAUGGUACAUCCAACAAUGGACAAAUCCAGUAUCAUGGCCCUUCAGGGAGGUUUUCUAGUAGUUCUAGAAUUGACCUUCUAGCAGCUAGUAAUGUAACUAGCGCCUCAUCUGAACUUGACCCUCUAAUUAAGGCUCAUGGUGCUUUGAUGCUCAUUGCUUGGAUGACAACAGGUAGUUUGGGAAUGAUCCUUGCUCGAUACUUCAAAGUGACUGGCAAGCAGCUGGUUCUGGGUAAAGCUAUUUGGUUUCAGGCUCAUGUUCUUCUCAUGGUGCUGACAGUGUGUGCAACAAUAGCAUCCUUUGUGCUGGCCUUUGUCAAGGAGCGAGGGUGGAGUAAUAAUCUAAGCACACAUGCUAUCAUUGGCUGCAUUGUCAUGAGCCUGGCCUUUUUUCAACCUCUCAUUGCAUUGUUUCGACCAUCACCACAGAGCAGCAGGAGAUUCAUUUUCAAUUGGUUUCAUGUGAUCAAUGCACUGGUCAUUAAAGUUCUAGCAGUCGCCAACCUGUUCCUUGGACUGCAGGUUAUAUCCCGAACAUAUCCCUGGAUGCCUGAAGUAAUGGGUGGCUUUUUUGCCUGGGAAGCUCUUGCCUUUAUAUCACUUGAAAUCAAUGCUCAAAUGGUAAAGAAAGAAAAGGACAAUUAUGCUGUUAAUGGGAACCAAAAAUCAAAGAGCCCGGCAAAGAAUGAUGUUAUCCUGCUGUUCAUCUACCUUUGUGGGAAUCUGGCAUUUCUCAUUACACUUCUUGUAGCAGUUGGCAGGUCAUAAAAUCAGUAAUUGGAGAACAAAUUUAGUCAGCACACCGAUUCUUAGUAUCUUGCCUUGAUGGUGCACGUUCUGCAACGACCACUUUCCAUUGACAGACCAUGUAAUGUAGAAAAUGAACAGCACCAUCGAUUUGGAUGUGGUUUAAAAAGCCUUUAUUUGUGCUCUUGUGGGCAUCCC